AAUAUUACAGUUUUUCUUUGAUGUGAUAGUUUUCAACACGAUUCCAUUGAUUCAGGCUCGUCCAACCAUAUUUUCAUAACAAAACUAAAGCGAAAGAUUUAAAAUGAAGUCGGCUAAAAUAUUGGUGCUUUCGGCAAUUUUUAUUUUUACAAUUUAUUCAGCUGAUGCGUUUAAUGCCCGAAUUCUUGGUGGCUUCGAAACAGCCAUCGAGGGAAUGCCGUGGCAAGUGUCUCUAAUAUGGUAUUCCUAUUUUCGUUGUGGUGGUUCAAUUAUUGGUCAAAACUGGGUCAUUUCUGCGGCUCACUGCACGAGUGGAUCUUCGUCCGAUUUAUUUGGUGUUCGUGUUGGUUCAUCAAUGCAAACUGGCGGAAAAUUGGUCAAAAUAAAGCGUAUUAUUAAUCAUGAACAAUACAAAUUCCCGGAUUAUGAUUUCUCGCUCUUGGAAUUGGUUGAACCAUUGAUAUUCACUGCAUCAGUGCAACCGAUUGCAUUGCCAAGCGGUGAUCUUCGAAUUAAAGACGGAACUCUUUUGCUGAUUUCCGGAUGGGGUAGAACGCACAUCGGGGGCACACCUACAGAAAAAAUUCGUGCCAGUUAUGUACCAAUGGUCAGCCAAAAUGAAUGCAUUCAAUUGUACGGUCCAUUUAUAACAGAUAGAAUGAUUUGUGCCGGUUACAAAGAUGGCGGCGUUGGAGUUUGUCAGGGAGAUUCUGGUGGACCAUUGUCGUUGAGAAUUAACGAUGUUCCUGUAUUAAUAGGAUUGUCAUCAUUUGUUUUUGAAUGUGGCAGCCCCAAAGUUAGCUCAAUCUUUUCACGCGUAACAUCUGUUCGUCCAUGGAUUAAAUAUAAUACUGGAAUUUCCGAUGGAUUCAAUGCUCGUAUUUUCGGUGGCUUGAAAGCUACCAUCGAACGAAUGCCAUGGCAAGUGGCUUUAAUUAGACACUCAUACUUUCGUUGUGGUGGUUCUAUUAUUGGUCAGAGCUGGGUCAUAUCUGCAGCACAUUGUACCAAUGGCACUCCAGCUGAUGCAUUUGGUGUUCGUGUUGGUACAUCAUUGCGAUAUAGUGGAAAACUUAUCGGAGUAAAGCGUAUUAUUAAUCAUGAAAAAUUCAACAUGAUUUUCCCCGAUUUUGAUUUUACGCUUUUAGAGCUGGCCGAACCAUUGACAUUCAGUGAGUCAAUCCAGCCGAUUGCAUUGGCAGAUGCGGAUUUGAAAAUUGAAGACGGAACUAUGUGUUUGAUUUCCGGAUGGGGAAAAUCUGAAAAUUCAACGGAAUCCAGGGAACCACUUCGUUCCGUCUAUGUGCCCACUGUUAGCCAAAGUGAUUGCGUUCGACGAUACGGUCCAUUAAUAACGAAUAGAAUGAUUUGUGCUGGCAACAAAGAGGGCGGCGUUGGAGUUUGUAAUGGUGAUUCUGGUGGACCACUAUCAACUGAAAUAAAUGAUGUUCCUGUAUUAAUUGGAUGUGCAUCAUUCGUUGUUGAGUGUGGUAGCCCCAAAGUUAGCUCAAUCUUUUCACGAAUUGCAGCCGUUCGUCCGUGGAUUAAGUCUAAUACUGGAAUCUAAAUUUGAAACAUAUAGCAAGCCAUAUAGAGGCAUCUGUGUACUUUAUUUAUUUCAAUAAAAGUAGCUAUUCAUAUUUAUGGGC